CUUUCACUUCGUGAACACGUCGCCAGCACGACGAGACAGAACUUAUAGCUCCAGCGGCAUCUUUAUCGAGCUGACCAAUUUGAUUGGACAAAGUGUUGUUGACAGUCAGAAGCGAAGUUCCCUGAAAAAUCUUUAGCUUCUUCAGUCAUGGUAUGGCAGGUACAACCAUAUGUCUCAUAAAGGGUAAUAACCGAAAGCAUGAUUGCAGUUGACAGCACAGUCUCGCACAGCGGAGCUGCCCGCUUCGCCGCCUGGCGAUGGACGCGGCAAGCGCGGAAAGGAUAACAUGAUUCUGCGCGACGGAGCGGGUGGCCUGCCGGACCCGAUGUCGACCGCACCCAACGGCUCGGUGGCCAGCUGGACGCGCGACGAGGACCCCGGCUCGGGCCAGAGCGCGGCCGUGCGGCUCACGCUGCUCUCGUGCGUGUCGGCGGCGGGCUCGCUGGGCGGUGUGUUCGUCAUCAGCGCGGUGAUCGUGAUGGAGCCGCUUCGCACUCGCGGCAACGCUUUCCUCGUGUCGUCGGCGCUGGCGCACCUGCUAGUGUCGGCGCUGCUGCUGCCGUCCACGUGUGUGGCCAUCCUGGCGGGCGUGACGCGCGACCCGGGCCUGUGCCACUUCCAGUGGGCCCUGCUCGUGGUGUGCCUGGUGGCCAGCCUGCUCUCGUUCGCCUGCCUGGCUGCCAGCCAGGGGCUGGCGCUGCGCUGCUCGCGCGGCGCCGUGCUCGCCGCGGCGCUCGCCAGCUGGGCCGUGGCCGCCACAGUGGCGCUGGGUCAGCGUGGCCUCGGACUGGGACCGACGUUCUGUGGUGGCGCGCCCGUGGCCAGCAACGUGCCGCUGCAGGCGGCCGUGGCGGCGCUCUGCAUUCUGGUGCCCGUGCUGCUCACCGUGCUAGGCUUUGGCGUGGCGCUGGCGCGCGCGCGGCGCCACGAGCCCGACGGGGCGGCGCUCGAGCUGCUCAAGAGCCACGUGGCCGUGUACCUGCUCACGCUGGCCAUGUGGGUGCCCGGCGUGGCGCUGGCCGCCGUGUCGCUCAGCCGCCAGGUGCCGCCGCACCUGGUCGACGUGGCGUGGUGGCUGGCGCUGUCGCACUCCUGCCUCUACAGCUACGUGUACGCCGCCACGCACCGGACGUUCCGUGUGGCCUUCAACAAGCUCUUCUUCUACUGCUGCUGCAAGAGCCACGUAACCUUCUCAAGGCCCUCGCGUGAGCAGCGCAUUGGGCCGCAGGGCUCCGGCGUCGGCCUCCGGGUUCACAUUAUUCCCGCCAUGAACAUUUACUCGGCCAAAAAGGACUCUAGCCAGGCGGCCGUCAAGCACUGCGUCCAGGGGAAAGGUCUGCACUGCAGCUACGACCUCUAGCUGCGGGCGGCCUCCCUCCUCCUACUCCUCUCAGUGUGGUGCUACGGCGCUGACCGCCGCAGGUCUUCGCAGAGAACCCAUUCAAAGCUCUUCUUCUCAGCUGUCGGCGCAAACGGGGACAUUAUCUGUCUGUGCUAUAUGUGUUUUCAGUAUUCCUAUACGUGUCAUCGGCAAGUGAGCGCCGCGGAAGCAUUUGUCGUGUAAGCAUAUAUCUAACGGUCCAGACUUAUGUGUCAGUGGAGAAGUGUACUUACGUUCUUUGCGAGUCUUUUUUCCAUCCCCGUCCUAUUGAAUGUUGAGAAAUUUCUGUGUUCCACGAGUCAAGUUAUGUGUGCUUUUGUCCUUAGAUGCAGGAUAAGAAAACUCGUGGAUGCGGGGGAAAAAUGAUGAUGAAUACGGGCACGUAGACUUAAUAUUGUUUUCCGAUGAUCGCAAUGCCCUAAUUAAAGAAAGACACCUCCAGCAACACUAUUUAUAUUCUUGCUUGUACAGAAGACACACUGACUGUCAGAACAGAGUAACGUCAGCUGCUGCUUUCGUCGCCAGCUGUUGACAGCAGAACAGAGAAGUCUGAAAUUUGGAUAAUACAUAAACUCAAUCUAGUAUUUGUAAUGCAAGAAACUAGGAAAACAAUGCCUGGACAACAAAGUAUGUCAUGUCUUAUAUUGCACUUACUAAUGAAAAAAUAUUGAAAUAUGUUUACGCAUACAUUCCCACAUAAAGCGUGAACUCGCUUAUAUCUGACAUUGUCAGAUUUAAAACAUUGUUAAUGCGUUCAUUACUCCAGUUUCGGGGAAGCGCUGUUACUCCUUGAACCAUGGACCCCAUGUACUCUAUGUGUAAUCCUAGGGACACAACGUUAAAUCACCAGCAUUGGUAACCAUUCUGAGCAGCAACAAGGCAUUUCAGGCACGCUAUAGCUGCGCCUUAUAGAAGUCUGUUAAUAUCUGAACGAAAAAUUUGCGACGAAGGAACAGAAUCAAAUAUUUAUGUAUAUCCGUUUCGUAGAUGGCUUUAUUUUUUAAGAUGAGCGAGUGAGAGCAACCACGAAGAAGCAUUGCCGUGCUCAAGCUAGACUAUUUUUGUUCGGAGUGACGCGUCGGCGCACAUACUCAGAUUUUUGCUAUUAAAAGAAAUCAUUUUUGUAGUUGUUGCAUCCUAUUGCCAAAGCAGGCGUCGGGCUUACUAAUAUUCAGCAGUGCUUUCCGUGGCGACUACCAGACAAAUGGCCUUCAGGUACAAAUGGCUGAGGCUCUUAGACGUCUACUUUAUUGCAAAAUUUUGCAGUCAGUUGCAUUUAAACGAUUCACGGCACUUAAAAGCAUUGCCCAAGAGCCGCGAUACGGGCUCUAUUUUUGAACAAAGCGUUCCCUCUAUCCCUCGGCCGUGACACAGUAUUGCUGCUUACUCGUAGGUGUACUUGCAACAAGCUUCGACUGAAAUGUCCGCCGUGUAGACAUCGAAGCGGUCCCUUUGUUGACCACGAUUAUCGGUGAGAAGCCGCAACCACAGUGCCAAACUAUUUCACCAAAUGAGUAGUGCUUAGGCUUAGAACAAUGAAAUAUGAAUCUUACUUAAAAAGCCCGAAAUUUCAAAGUGAACACUGACAUAAGAACUACAGUAAGCUUGAAAACGUACCAAAAAAAAGCCAAUGAAGUGCCUGCUAUCACUAUAGGACGGUUCGAUAGAUGGUCAAACAAGCUUCGCAUCGACACCACUCGAUCACUUAGCCAACAGCUGGCGUAUUCAACGAGGAGACGCAAUUGCAGGUUACUUUUGCUAUCAAACUCCUUUUCUGUUCUUAAUAUAUUUUUGGCAAGAAUUAAUUUCAUUCUUGCUAAGAAUGAGGGCAUCGUUGUCGUUCCAAAAGAAAUUAGCGAAUUAUUCUCCUCGCGCUGAAUAAACGACUUAUUGGAUUUCGAUUAAAGUUGGAGAUUAUGUGUACACGAGACAGUUAUUAUCAACCGAUUCUUUUGGCAUGUCUGUGCUCCCGUGGUAUCAUUUUCUUUUCAUUUUUUUUUUUUUUGCUUUCAAUCAAGAACGCCGAUCCAAGCAGAUAUGGGACCGCACACCAGGACUGCAAUCAGUUAAAUUUCUACCGAACCGAAAAAAAAAAAAGAUAUGAGGAUCAAACCUGCGAGGUUUGUGCAUAAAAUUUUGAACAUAAAUCACUAGGAAUGAAAGUAACCUUUCUGUUUCUCUCCUACAUAGACGCCUAAGGAAAAUGCGCGCUCAGUCAAUUUAUGCUGAGGACCAUUGUGGAAGGACCUCAGUGCAGGCGUAAAGCAGCGAUUUUUCGCGUCUAUAUUUAGUACUAUGAUUAACACGGACACGAUAGCCGUGCUCGAAAAUUGAAUGCUUUUGGCAUGUCUCAACACGCGAUGUCGUUUCGAGUCUCCAGGAAAGAAUACCGUUGCCGUCUAUCGGGGACAUUGCUUGGAAGGCUUAGCGUCAUCAGGACGUGUGAACAUCUAUCUCAUCGCUGUACGUGCAGGGCACACAACCUAAUGUUUUUGAACGCUGAUUAAAAUUCAGCCUCACAAUUUUCGGUACCGCUGAGUUUCUUUAAGCGGUUUGCUGCCACGCUACUUAAGUAAGUUCUUUUGCUUGGCAAUAUCUUAAUUUAUAUUACAAGAAGUUAAUCUCGCUGCGGUUCGUUUAUCCUUUAGAAUGUAUUUAUACGUCACAAUGACUGUUUUUACUCAUAAACCGCUAUACAUUGGGUGACCCAGAAAACAAAAGAGUAUUCUUCUUUAAAAGUUGACAAUAUUUUCCACAAUAAGGUGCUUUUAGGGAUGUACUUACACUCCGCAGCAGGCACGAAAGUAAUGAUAUGACGUAAUCGGGAUAAAUAUUAUAUGGUGACCUAACGCGAUGCAGCGCGGUUGACUUGCUUGCUUUUUUUUUUUUUAUCAAUAGCAAUCGCGCACCCGAAUCUCAAAGAAGGCUGCAAUCAUUGGUCACAUAACGGAGAAAAGUUGCACAAAAAUAUUGACGUUCAUGAGGUGCAAACAUUUGCACACUUAUAACGAAUUAUUUAAAUUUUGAAACGCAAUUAAGACAAGGGGGUUAUAGGCAAGCAUGGCGUACUUAGAGUUAGCAGUUUUAUGCUUUACUACAUAUAUGGUCGUCAAUGCCCCACUGCACGUUAAAUCAGGCAUUUUGUAAGAAUACCUAGUAUACAUCCCGUCUUCACAUGAAGUUUCUCUAGAGUCUUCGUCAUGCAUAUCAAACCGAAAGCGUUUCGCGCACGCGUUGUUAUGUCGCACGCGACAUACUCGUCCUUAUAAUCCUGACAGGCGAGUUCGAGCGUCAGCCAAAGUCUGACACUUGUGCUCGAAAGCGGAGAUCAGGGCACCGAAAAACUCCGUCAGUGUUCAGCCACGAUGCAUGCUUCUUGUCCGUCACAGCCUAUUGCUUGUGGGUAUCUAGGCGUGCGCGGUAUAUACAUCAUUUGCUUGGCGGUUACCUAAGUUAUCAUUUACGUAGUGAUAGCAUGGGGUGAAAGAUUAAAUGCCCAAGUCGUGUUUUCAUCUCUGUAAAAUUAAGUAUUUCAUGCCCAGGGAGUGUUGAGGGAUGGCGUCGUCCGGAAGGUCGCAGGUGAAAUGAUAGCAGCUUCUUUAAUGGUUCAGAGUUUGUUUCUAACACUCUUCUAAGCUUCGGGACCAUGAACAGAUGGAUCUUCACAGCAACAUUAUACUUUAAAAAAGGAACUAAAAAAAGACUCACCUUGCGACAAAAACACUGGUACGUUACUGAUUCUUUGCUAUCGAAACGUAAGAAUUAGAUACUGAUUUCAGGUUCAUGAUUACUUCUAGGUGUGUUGUACGUUACAAUGCAGAAAUGAUUUCCGACCUGGUAGAUCUGGAGGAUAUGGUGUCUAGCGCUUCCUGAAAAGUCGUCUGCAACUUUGUGCUCCAAACGCUUUUCGCAGACGUAGUAUAGAUGCGACGUAUUUGGCCUGCUGUUCGCGUUGUCUCUCCUUGUCGUAAUUUCGUGAAAAGCCAUAGACGGCUGACAUAACAUUAAUUUGAACGCGUAUAUAUAUAUAUAUAUAUAUAUAUAUAUAUAUAUAUAUAUAUGCACUGUGCAAAGCGCUUCCUAUGAAAGCGCUUUUUCCUAGCGUUAUACAUAUGGCGUAAUUAAAUAUAGUGCACCACGGUGUUGCUGCAGUUUGUAUGUUUGUGCUAAGCACAGUAAUUUAGCAGUAGCUUUGCCCUUUCUUUCCCCCCUUGUCUGCACUGUGGUUCUUCCAUAGACACCUACGUACAGGUUUGGUGUACUCAUUACUUUAUUCAUUUCUCCUUUUUAGAGAGGCAAGAUAGUUGCAAAUGUUGUUGGACCGAACUCGGAAUGGCUGCUUUCGUUUUGGAUUCGGCCCGGCCCUCGGUCUGUGCUUAUAGUUCACUUUAAUGACGGCUCCAAAAUCCACGCAUUGUGCACUUCCGAUCCAGGAGCAGAUCACGGUUCAGUGCCACCUGUCGAUUCUUUUCGAGUUCGGUCCUCUUAGCACGAGCUUACACAAAAACCGCGUGAGCAGCAGUGAGAAAGGGGCCGUUUCUCGUCAGGCAUGCCACCGCAGCUUCGCCUCUGGGUCGCGAGACCAUUUCGCCUCGCGCUCGCAAACACCGAGAGACCGUCCUUGAGACUCGCACGCGUCGCCACUGGACGAGAAGAGAGGCCUCAGUACAUCUCGCCAUUUGGUCCAGGCACCAGCUACGUCACACGCACGCACGCUCCAGAUGAAAGAAGGGGGAGGGGCGGAGCCGCUAAUGCGCACCCCGUUUCACACACAAAAUUACACGCACAUGCACGAGUUCAAGCCUCAUCACACACUGUCCCAGCUUAGUGUCACACACACACACGCCGUACACGGACACACACACGCAGUGAUUUAUCGCCGUCCACCAGUGCGCCUUUCGAAGAAAGAGGGAAGGAAAUCUCACAUAGGUUGUGGAUUACUUGCUUUCCUAAGUACGGGCAGCGUUCUAAACGAAAGCAGUGUGCGCUUUUACAGCGCCCCGGUUAGAAGAUUUACGAUUCCUUCCACCAUGACUAGCGUUUAGAAAGCGCGUAGGGAAUAGAUUUAGCCUUCGCUUUAUUCGUGCGGUUGAGUCAACGGGCAAGGCGUUGUAAAAUGUUGCUGCAGCUGCCGCAACCGUUAAAGUAUUAAACUGUGCUUCAACAACCCCGCAUUGGUUCGCCGCUAAUGUGGUAAAGAAAAAGAACAGCAUCUUUACGCGCACACGUUCUUUUCCUUUUCAUUAAUAGUUUUAUUUUUUUUUUUACUCGGCACACACCCUACACGAUACAUUACUUGAUCACGCGCACGAUAAACAUUCAUUAAAAGUUGUUCACACAAUUUCCUGCAGGUCGAUCGCGAAGGUAACUCUGCGGUGUUCAAACCCUAUAUAACUUUUGCCACACAAAACAGAUAACACACAGUAUUACCAUAUGUCUAAUAAGAACAUACAAAACCUUCGCCAAGGCUUUUCGAAGUAUCGCUGCGUCGAUGAUACUGCAUUAGCCGUGUUAUAUAUUGACAAACCUAUCUUAGAGACCAUAGAAUAACCGUGUGUGUAUUCGAAGACUAGAAUGAGGACACUGCAGGGGAUUUCAUUAUCUUGGUAGUGUAUAUUGCGCAGCCAAUUAACGUGCUUGUAAAGCGCAAUGAAGGAAUAAAACCUGACAUUAAAAUGGCCGACAUUUCAGUCGGCAUAUAUAAACCAUUUACAUUUGGCGUGAAAAUAUCAACUAGUAUGAAACGAAUGGGCCAAUUCAAGGGGGAAGAAAUAAGAAGACACCAUAUCACAACCUCUUGUGCGUCAGGUUGUUUUACGCCGUUAGCAACAGACUACUUCGAGUAGUAAUGCAUGCGGUGAAUUGAGUUUUUCAAAGGCAAGAAGUGAAUGGUGGAAGGCGACCUUGUGCAGAAAGGAAAAAAAAAUAACAUGUUCGGUCGCUCGCUAGUUUUAUCGAAGUGGUAUAAAUUGAAGGGAGCGGUUAAAGAACUAACUAUAAACGCUUUAGUAUUGCAGAAGUACGACAUUCGCAGAGUUCCCAUUUACCCACCCCAGCGUAUGUUCCCCAGCGCUCGGCAAAGAGCGAAAGUUUUGCAGACUGCGAGUGAAACAGUGUACAAACAGUGUCGCCAGUAUGAUGCCCAGAAACGGUUGUUGUUUGUAUACUCUGUAGCAUGUUGUCCAUAUUUUUUGUCGACUUAUACAAGUACGCGUGUGCUCAUGUUUGUGGACGUUUCGCAUAUACAUGCUGCUCUUACAGAUUGCAAUUUGUUCUGUACUGUAUGUAUCGCUUCGCUUCAAUUGCCUUCUCCGUGGACUUUGGGUUGAUUUCGUUGCGUGUAUGUUCGUGCGUAUGUGUUCGUAGCAAGAAGGUCAUGUGCAUCAGAGCAUGCGGUAAGGUGUUUUAGCACCGGAGAAAAAAAAAAGAAGUGCUGCCGGUGAACGCGAACGGUCUUUCACAAACGCAUCGCUCUGCCCGUCCGGGCACGUGCCUGGAUAGCUGGCCUCAAAUUCCGCGCAGGCAACGCCCAAGUUCGAACGACUCGCCCCCGACGCUUUGUUUCAGAAGCUUCGCCACAGCCCCAUGCCUCCGACGCGGCGGGGCUCCUUGGUUACGCUGCGCACGCACUGGACGCAGUCUGCGCCCAGGGGCGUCGCCAGGGCAGCAGGGACGGCGCAGGCGGUUUCGAAACUUAGGUUGCAGAGCAUGACCGCGUUUGCGAUGCAUCCGCCACCGAAGAUCGUAGCUUCCGCUCUCGUGUCAUACCUUUCUAGCUUCACGAGCUUUCACCGUGGAAAGGUGAAACCACUUCUUUCGGGAACUCCGUCGCGAACACGGAACAGUGUCGUGGGUUUGGCCUGCCGUGGCUUUAGGUGCAGUCACCUUGAGGCCCAGGCGAAACGGGGCACGCCGUCACGCCUCCCGGCAGCCGACACGGAGGAUCGGGCGCGAGUACUCAUCCGAUUGACUGCCACGAGCAACUGAGAGUCGGGUGCCGGGUGUGGAAAGGAUUAUCCUUGGGGGGAAAAAAAGCGAGCGCGCGAAGCGGCUCCGGCAGUGACAUGCUGCUGCAAGCGCGCCCGCGCACCGUCUGUUGUACUCUAUACUCUACCUACAUGUGCAUUUCACGUGGCCGACCGGACGGACUGCAGAGCGACAGGAUAUUUUUCAACAGGAGGUGGUGCCCACCCAUUCGGCGGUCAACGUGCUUUUGUCAGUGUGUUGUUACAUCGGUACGUUUUACAAGCCUUUUACGAAAUUGUGCACUGCUUGUGUGUACAUGAUAAUAAAAAUGUUGCCGGUAUCUUUGUAAA